AUGGUGCUGUCCGCGCCAUCGACUGCCUCGGCCAUGCGCCGCCAGAGCAACUCGAGUCGGAUCCUCAGCGAGAGUCAAGCCCUCGAACCCAUCGUGGACGGCCACGACUUCGCCUACUAUUUUCAAGUCAAGUUCCAGCCGCUGGUGGACUUCGACACGGACAGCUGCUACAGCGUGCCCGCCAUGACCAUAGAUGGAACCCCAUCCGAGGGCCUUUCACCCUCCGACGACGUCGGUCCGUGCCGUCCCCGCUCCGCCCUCGACCGGACCAACGUGUACGUCAGGGGCCGCUGCAACCGGGGGUGGUGCGCCUUCGUCUACGCCUAUUACUUCCAGAUGGACUGGGCCUGGUCGUGGCCCGUCAGCGGCUAUAACCACCGCCACGACUGGGAGCACGUCGUCGUCUGGGCCAAGGAGGGCAAAGUCCGCGGCGUGUCCGUCUCGCAACACGGCGGCUACGAGAACCGCGUCGCCGAAGACCAGAGGCUUCGCUUCGACUACACGCCAAAGGAGUUCCCGUAUCCUGCGUGGGACCCCAUGCCGACGAGCGUGGCCAUGCACCCCAAGGUUGUCUUUCACAAGGACGGUGCCCGCACGCACUGCUUCCGCUUCGCCAAGGACAGCGACGACUACGAGGGCCAGGAGAAUGAGAGGGGCGUUUGGAUUCGUGGCGGUCUCAUCAGUAUGCUGCUCAUGCCGAGCGACUGGCAGGAGAAGUUCAGAUCUCAGGAUUGGGGGAGUGCUCACAUGGCAUGGGCGAAUGAGGAUGACUUUACCGGCCAUCUCGUCAAGUCCAUGCCGCAGGAAGCCAGAGACGAAGGGUUUGACUGCGCCUACGAUGAGAAUCCAGCUCUCAAAGGGUUUCCCAUGGACUGGAAGAAGUGGGACUGA